CUCCAUUCAGGCUCGGCACCAGGACAUCGUGAUAACUUUGGCAGCCUAAUUCCGGUUGGCUCAUUUCACGCGCCUCCCAUCGCCAUUUGCCAACCACCCCGUCGCCAACCAUCCGUCUCCCCGAACGAACUUGAGAACUCCCUACAGACCGACCGAUUUCUUGGUCCAUCUCCGCCCUUGGUCUAAAUCCGAGACGAGCAGCCCGCCGCCCACGGUCGCCGGUACCCCGCCGGAAAAAGGCCCUAUCGCGUCUCCGCGGGGCCAUUUUUGGUCACCUGCAGACCUCGAAUCCCCAAGGACAACCUCCGCCGGCGCCCGAAUCACUAGCAGACGAACCAUCCGCCGCCGAUAGUCCCGCCAUUUCUACUGCACCCUGCAAACACCGGCGUUUGGCCCAUCUCUUCCUAGGAGACCCCUUGGGAAAUCAUGUCGGGUGUCUGGGGCUGGUUCGGCGGCGGCGCCGCGCAGAAGCGCAAGGAGACGCCCAAGAAUGCCAUCCUUGGGCUGCGGUCACAGCUGGACAUGCUGCAGAAGCGUCAGAAGCACCUGGAGACCCAGAUCGCGGAGCAAGACGGCAUCGCACGAAAGAACGUCAGCACCAACAAAAAUGCCGCCAAGGCCGCCCUUAAGCGCAAGAAGACACACGAGCACAGUCUCGACCAGACGGUGUCGCAGAUCGGGACGCUAGAGCAGCAGAUAAAUGCGAUCGAAUCGGCCAACAUCAACAUGGAGACUCUGGAGGCCAUGAAGAAGGCGGGCAAGGCCAUGGAGGACAUCCAUGGCAAGUUGACGGUGGACAAGGUCGACGAGACGAUGGACAAACUCCGGGAGCAAAACGCCCUCAGCGAGGAGAUCGUCAACGCUAUUACUAACAAUUCGCUGGGCGACCCUAUCGACGAGGACGAGCUGGAGGAGGAGCUGGAGGCGCUGGAGCAGGAGAAAUUGGACGAGCAGAUGCUGAAUACUGGCACAGUACGCGCCUCCGAGCCCAUCCACCGCCUACCACAGGCAGUCAAUGGGGAACCCAAGGGCAAGGCCAAGGCUAUCGAGGAGGACGACGAGGAAGCCGAGCUCAGGAAGUUGCAAGCAGAGAUGGCCAUGUAGGACCUCGGAGAUAUGGUCUUGCGAAUGGCGCCCUGGGUCAGCCGCAUGCAUGUGGUGUUGAUGGGGCUGGAGAUGCGCUCAUGCACGCCUUGUGGGCGGCAUACGGUUUCAUAUAUCCCCUCUUGCCCAUCUCCCUUACUUGGUACAUUCAAGACUGUUCCUUGUAACAGACCGCCCGUCCUCGUUUUGUCGUCCAGAGACUUUUUCUUAUUGCUUUGUCUGGCGUUUUUGUUGGCAUUUCUCAUCUUUGUUACCGAUGCAAGACGGACCGAGCUGGCGUUUUAUCUUUUUAAUCUACUCACCUUGGUUUAUGCGCAACCCUUCGCGGGGUGAGAUCUACUAAACUAUUUACGCCGCGUGCCAUUCCAAGCUAGUGCUUUCGAAGUAUUGUUUUAGAACACGCAUCAAACGCUCUAGUUCUAGUCUAGUUGUUUCAUGGGUUUAUGGCAGCUUAAUCUUCAGCUCGCCACCGACCUGAUUGCAGAGAUUCCUGAUCCACAUCGUUGCCCAUCGCCUA